AUGGUGGCAAGGAAGCUCAUCGAAUCCACCACCAAUGAUUCAUUUUCUUGGGUGUGGAUAUUAGUUUGUUCUUUGAUUGUUAUGGGUAUGCUAUUGGUAGACAUGGACAAGACCCAAGGGUCUUUGGUUUCAGCUUCGAGGCCAAGGGCUACUAGGAAAGAGAAAGGGAAGGGAAAGUCCACCUUGAGUGGAGGGGAGGAGGAGCUCAAGGUGAGGAAGAAUCAUAGGCUCAUAUAUGAGUCUACCAUUGUUGCGAAAAGAGUGACAUGUGAGAGGAUGAUUGAUAGGCUAAGUUUGGGAAAGAGUACCCUGAUGCGGCAGAUUGGGGCGAGAGGAUUAGAAUUUUUCUUUGAGCUGACUAGUGUUACACCCAAUAGUAUAGCUGCGUACUUCGGAUACAUUAGGCCUGACCUUGAGAAUAUUAACUACCAUUACCCCAAGUUUUUGGAUAAGAGCCUUGGGGAAUAUGUAGAGAUCAUAUAUGAGGAGGUUGAUCAGUUCACGAGGGUGUUUGUUCAGGAACGCUCGAGUGCAAACUAUAGGACUUUGAAGA